UUGGAGGCGCAGGAGAUUGCGCCAGGCGAUUGCGAGCGCGCGUGCGUCCUCACCUUCAAGUGGGAGAGGAGCUUCAGACUCCCCAAGAUGUCAUCCUCAGUCCCUCAGGGCCAUACCUGGGCCCAAAAGGUGAAGAAGGAGGAUGAAGAAGAGGACCCACUGGACCAGCUGAUCUCCCGUUCUGGCUGUGCUGCCUCUCACUUUGCAGUGCAGGAGUGCAUGGCCCAGCACCAGGACUGGCGGCAGUGCCAACCACAAGUGCAGGCCUUCAGGGAUUGCAUGAGUGAACAGCAGGCAAGGCGGAGGAAGGAGCUGCAGAGGAGGAAAGAACACGCCAGUGCCCACUGCUGAGAUCUCAAACUAUCCAUCCCCAGGAGCAGGCCCUGCAGAAACCAGCACCCAGAAGGAUUAUGGGAGGAGGAAGUCUUAAAUGGUGGAAGUAUGGGUCAAGAGGUGUAAAACUUGGGGCUAGUCUUUGGGAUUAGAGUUGAGAGCCAGACACCAUGGGUCUGGACAUGACUGCCAUAAAGAGCUGUCAUAUUUUCAUGGUCAGAUCCCACACAGCUUUAUACAUUUUGUUCCACCAAUAUUUGUCAUGUAAAACAAAAAGUGGGGUAAGGGAUGCUCCCCACCCCACAUUUGGAUCAGUGUGCCGAGUGUUGAGAUGAUUACAGGGACAUGUUCAUUUUCAAAGUAAAAUCACAGUCUAAAGGUAAAUUGGUUACCUAAUUAGGCCUUCAUUUCUUUAGUCUCAGGUUCAACAACAGCAAGUAUUUCUGAGGCAUUAUGUUGGAAACUAAUGUGAUGAAUAGUGUGACCUCUGCCUUCAUGUUAAAUAAAGUCUAGUUUGAGAGAUGGCAAUAAAACAACACUGGAAGAACUAA